AUGGACAACCUCACCCCAUCGGACCUCUUCUCGCCAUCCAAGGCGCGCCAGCAACGUGCGCAGGCUCAGGACUGGGCGCAUAUCGACUCAUGGCUGUCGUACAAGUACGCUGGUCGUACAGUGCCGACGUUCGAGCGCAAUGACGAAACGCUCAAAGUACUCCGUGAGCUGUCUAUGGCGAACGAGAGGGCGGAUGAUGAGAGGACGGUAAUGGAGCGCUUAGAGAGGGAGGCUUUAAAGGAGCUGGAUGAGGUCCAAAGGAAUGAAGACGACGAACAGAUACUAUCGAGCCUCAAAGCAAGCCUGACUCCCGAAGGCGAGCAGGCGCUUGAUGCGCUGGCAUCUACAGCUGUAGCCCUCAAUGCACCGGCCGCCAACCCUGAGACCAUCGCGCACGCUCUCAUACAGCAUACGACCGCCUCACAGAGCCUCACGAAUCAGCUGGCGCAUAUUCACACGCUACAGAACUACUUGGAUAAGCAGCAAACCCUCCUCCGAACCCAACUGCACGAGCUGCAAACGAACCCCGCCUUCGCAACGCCGUCCAGUCUCCAGCGCCAGACGACGGAACAGACGCGUCAGGUUAAGCACCUACGUACAAAGAUCCGCGAACACGAAGACAAAUUGUCGUCCCUUCAAUCAUCGCAGUCGCGAAAUAUGACGCCAGGAUCCAAGAACAUUGGAUCUGCCGAGGCCAUCACCGACAUGUUGGAGCAGCAGAAGGUUCUGGAUGAGCUGCGAGAACGAGUCGAGGGCUUGGAGCGGCAGGUUGCCGAGUUUGGCGGCUUACCUGCAGACAAGGAAGCUGCCAGGAAAGAAGUGGGUAAGCUGGAGGUUAGGCUUGACGAGUUACGUAGGAGCAGAGACGAGUUGUUCGAGGGCAUGAUUGGAUAG